AUGCCCACAGCUAGCUGGUUGUUGAUAUUUAGAUAAGACCGAUGCUUAUCCAAAUACCUUCAGCAAAACAAUCAGUCCCGGACUUCACCUCACUGCACUUAAGAACAAAACAACAGAAAGCGGAUACAAGCAAAUCCUACAAAUGAAGCAAUGAAUCCUCUCUGCAAUUCCUUAAUCCUUCACCUAGACCCCGCCCCACUCCUCAGCAAACGAGACCUCCACUUUUCUCUCCUCUCACCCGCUUUCCCCACACCCUUCAAGACCAAAUCCCCGUCGCGCCUAUGCCAUCUCACCAUCAAGUCUAUCGCCUCCAACGCCAACGCCGUGGAAAUCGACAUGGUGAGAAACAAGCAAGGCGUUUAUGCUCCCAAGCAGAAAAAAGUUGUUAUCUUGUGGGACCUCGACAACAAGCCACCGCGCGGACCGCCGUACGAAGCCGCUGUGGCCUUAAAAAAGGUGGCUGAAAAAUUCGGAGAAAUCGUUGACAUGUCAGCAUACGCUAACCGUCACGCGUUUAUUCAUUUGCCUCAGUGGGUCCUGCAAGAACGCCGCAAGAGGAAAAACCUCGACAUCCUCGAACGCAAAGGAAUCGUGACUCCAUCCGAACCUUACAUCUGUGGAGUUUGCGGUCGGAAAUGCAAGACAAAUCUGGAUUUGAGAAAACAUUUCAAGCAGUUACAUGAAAGGGAACGACAAAAGAAGUUAAACAGAAUGAAAUCGUUGAAAGGUAAGAAACGACAGCGGUUUAGAAGGUAUAUAAGUGGGAAUUACAAGUACAAUGAAGCGGCAAGGAGUUUGGUAACGCCGAAGGUUGGGUAUGGGUUGGCGAGUGAGUUAAGGAGAGCUGGGGUUUAUGUUAAGACAGUAGAGGAUAAGCCACAAGCGGCGGAUUGGGCAUUGAAAAGCAAAUGCAGAUCUAUGAGUAGAGGGAUUGAUUGGUUGUUUUUGGUUUCGGAUGAUAAGGAUUUUACGGAGAUGUUGAGGAGGGCAAGGGAGGCGAAUUUGGGGACUGUGGUUGUAGGGGAUAGGGACAGGGGUUUGGGGAGACAUGCUCAUUUCUGGGUGUCUUGGUAGGGGUGGAAAAUGGGGAGGUUACGGAGAAAGAUUUGUGGGCCUAAGCGGUGGAGGAGGAGGGAGGAUGGGUCGUUUUCGGUUUCAGAAUUUGAUAGUCGGAGUUUGGGGGAAUUGGAUGGGUUGGUAAAUGAGCUUGUGGUAGGGAGGAAUGAGCUUGGUGGUUUGAGGAUUUCGGUGUUUUCAGAAGGGGAGGAGGGUGAUGAGGAUGAGUGGGAGAUUGAGAAUGCUGAUGAUGAAGGUUAUUUGUUGGAAGAUAGUGAGGAUGAGGUGAUUUUUGAGGAAGAUGGUGUGGUUCUUCACUGUUGUCAGAUUUGCAAGUGGAGUUCAUGGCCCCUGACCGGCAAAGGUCCUUUCAGGCUUUGUGGAUCAUGACCUAUUAGCCUUAUGAUUGAUGGUAUCAAGGUUGUUUGUCUGGUAUGGAAUGAGCAGGUGACAGAGCCUUUUAUUCACAAGCGUGUCGCCUCUGCCCUUACAUUCAUGGCUUACAGGGAGUGAAGAUUGAAAGAGAAAGAGAAACAGAACGAGCAACAGAUUUGAAGUGAAAUUUACUUUUGAAAUUGCAUGUUUACAUUUGUUUAAUAGUACCAAAGUCACUCAUUCACAUUUUCUUCACUCCAUUAUCUACGCUUUUGGACAAACAAAACAUGAAUGGCAGGAUAAGUUUUUAAGAGUUAAUUACUGCAAAAGGGGAUGUUGAAACCAAAGGAGGAAGGAAAGCAAGCAAAGGGUAAAGUUGUCGAUACACAAACUACAAAUCACUUUGAGGUUUAGAAGAUACUGAUGCACAAAUUGGUGAGUGAAAGAUCAACUGUUUGAUCAGGAUGACUAAGCUAUUCCCCAAUAAGAGAAGUUGUGUGGUCAAUUCAUUCAUGUUGGUGAGCCUGAUUUAUUAACAUAAUCACCAGUUUUAAAAGUUUUAAGGCUUCAUUCAUGACAUUGAAUCUAUAUAUAUAUAUAUAUAUAUACACACAAACACACACACACACACACACACAUAUUUCAAAAGCUUAUUUUGUAAUUGCUCUUAAUGUAUUUAUUUGUUUUGAGAUAUCCUUUUGUACCAUCAACAUGUGAAUAUCUUAUAGUACCAAUGAACAGGACCGGGAAA